GGAAUAUGGUCAGAGCGGAUAGUUUAUGUUGUGGAAAAAUAAAGUGUGGUGGUGAGUGUAACAUUGGGGAGGAUAUGCGACUUCUUCUAUGGAUUGGAUACCUCCCUCUCGUAUCCGCGUACCAGAUGCGGACAAGGGUGUGGCUUUACCACUAUUGCCGUGUUCCUAUUGGAGGGAAUGAAGCUUAGGGAAAGCCUUCCAAGAAAAAACAUGUGAAAGCGAUAUGUAAGCAAGCGUUGAAACUAUCACAAGGACGUUGGACGUGAACGACAAGCGUAGGAUAAUUGGAAUUCGACUGAAACAGAUAAGGGUAUGAAGAAUAUUGUUCUCGUGAAGUCAUAGUUACAUAAUCUACAGCUUCGGGACGGGGCUACUUUAGUGAAAUGGCUUCUCGCUAAAUACAGCUAGGGCAUUCUCUGAACUGAACAGCUGCGGCCUGUUCCUUACUGGAGGGCAUUCCACCCCUGAGGUUAUGUCCACAGCUGUACUCCUUCGCCUGGCUAGGUCUGCAGGAGGGCCCCAGCUAUGCCAUCGUGCCGCCCGGCAGAUUGCCUGUGCCCAGCAGCAGGAGAGCCCGCGGCGGGCAUUAAGCACCUCCAGCAUGCCACUGUCCAGCAACUCUCGCUUUGACCCAGACAGCAGUGGCCAACCCACUACCUGGGACUCGUUUGGCAUCUGGGAUAACCGCAUUGAUGAGCCCAUCUUGCUGCCGCCCAGCAUCCGCUAUGGCAAGCUCAUCCCAAAGGUGAGCCUGUCUAAGGUGGGCUGUGCCUCGCUCAUUGGCCAGAGGAAGGAGAAUGAGGAUCGCUACCAGCUCUCGCAGAUGACUGACAACAUCAUGUACUUUGCUGUGUUCGAUGGCCACGGCGGGCCCGAGGCAGCCGACUUCUGUUACAAGUUUAUGGCAAAGUACAUCAAAGAUCUUGUUGGUGGAGAGGAGAACUUGGAAGUGGUUUUAACCAAAGCAUUCCUGGAAGUAGAUAAAGCCUUAGCAAGGCAUCUUCACUUCUCCCCAGAUGCCACUCCGGGCACCACGGCAACUGUGGCGUUGUUAAGAGAUGGCAUCGAGCUGGUGGUUGGCAGUGUGGGUGAUAGUCGGGCAAUGCUGUGCCGUAAGGGCAAGGCCCUCAAGCUCACGGUGGACCACACGCCGGAAAGGAAGGACGAGAAAGAGAGGAUUCGUAAGAGUGGGGGCUUUGUGACCUGGAACAGUCUGGGGCAGCCGCACGUCAACGGCAGGCUAGCCAUGACCCGCAGCAUAGGCGACUUUGACCUCAAGAACAUGGGGGUCAUCGCUGAGCCCGAGACCAAGCGUGUAACGCUGCAUCAUGUCCACGACUCCUUCCUGGCACUCACCACUGACGGCAUCAACUUCAUUAUGAACAGCCAGGAGAUCUGCGACAUCAUCAACCAGUGUCACGACCCCAAAGAAGCAGCCCAGAGAAUCUCUGAGCAGGCAAUACAGUACGGCUCAGAGGACAACAGCACCCUAAUUGUAGUGCCGUUUGGCGCCUGGGGAAAACACCAGAGCUCCGACGCCAGCUACUCCUUCAGCCGAAGCUUUGUGUCCAGUGGCCGCUGGGCUUAAGGUGGAGAGAGAGAGAGAGAGAGGUGAUGGAAGGAGAAGGAGAAUGAGAGGCGAUUUUUAUCCCCCCGGAAUGGGAUGCGUCCAGUGUGCAAUAUGUAGAGAUCCAAUCCAAGAACCAUGAUCCAGCGCCUUAGAAAUAUCACAUGUUCUAACGCAGUAUGUAGUGUAGGACUGGGAGGAGAGGGCUUAGAACUGGGAGUAAUGUGCACUUACCAAGGGACAUGUCCAAUUCAUCAACACGCUGCCACAUCAUUUGACUCCUGACUCUUCAGGCGAGUGUUGCACAGAAUGAUUUUUGACAGUAAGGUCAUUGUUAAGCUGUAGAGUAACUGUUUCUAGCAAUGUUUCCUCUGCUUGUUUGUGCCACAGUGGCAAUUGCGAUUGCAAAAGGAUUUGCACUCUGUCACCACCUACAGGCUUGGACCAAUUCAGACAGCAAGUGAUAUUUGGUGUUGCAUAAUGGCUCACAUGUUUGAAAAUGUGCAAUCAUUUCCCAGCUGAGUCCUUUACCAUGGGCCAGAGUCGAUUGGUGCGGCGGCCACUUACACAUGAGGGCCGAGUUGUCCUCAGCCGUUUUGAACUGUGGUUAAUCAUACUGUGUGUGUGGCAGAUGUAGGCAGUAUUCUGGUUACUGAGUUGCAAGUUUUGGCCCUGGGUUAGAAGUUUUCUAGUAAAAAAAAAAAACAUCCAAUGAUGUUGCCAGUCCAAGGUGUUCAAAUAUUACCUGGGUAUACAUUUUAAAACUUUCAUUUUGCAUUUACACACUAAAAUCAGCUGUUUGAGUUUGCACUUCAACUGUUCCUCUUAAUGUUCGGAUUGCCUGUCUAUAGCCCUGCCUAUUGAUAGAACUGCAGAUAAGACAUUUGCACAGUUUCCUGACAUUUAUGUCACAUGCUAUAGUUUGUGAAAUAAUUACCUCAGCCUCAGUUACAACAACAUGUUAAAAGUAAGCUAAUUGCUAAUUGAAGGAAGAUUCAAUCAGCUUCUCUUCAGUGGCAUUUUCAGCACUCUCAUAAUUAUCAACUGGUUUUAUGUGUGUAAUUCCCCAUGCUUCCGCAUGAGGUUGUACUUCUCCUGUUUUCUUGAGUCAUUCUCAUUCUGUCAGUAAUAGGCUGUGCUGUGUCUCUUCUGGUUUUGAAAUGAGUUCAGAACUUAAAUGGAUGACCAGGUUGUUCAGUUAAAAAAAAAAAAAGGAGAAAAGGAGAAGGUGUAGUUUUUAGAUGUUCGAAUGCAUUAAGAACAAAGAGGUCUUGAUGGCAGCUCUUUCAAUGAUUGGCCUUAGUGGUGACUUUGUGGAAAACUCCUUUCUACGCACACCAUACAGACUUAGUCCAAAAAGUAAUGUGAGGAUAGGAUGUGAACAAAGUGAUGUAAGUGAUUUGCACUGUCCUGGAAAUGACCCCACCUCCUCAGUCUAUUCCAUAAACCUCAUCGGCUAGUCUGAUCUACUGAACAUGUUUAAAGUAGUUUCUAUGCCUAUGGCAUUGCCAUUCUGUGGCUGUGUCAGUGGAAACGGUAAGCACCAGCUUUCAGUGUCAGCCACAGAACUAGCAGCACCUAUAAGGGUUAAGUUUGGUUCCAUUAAGGAACUCUGUUGAGGAAGGACUACUAAGGCCUUCAUAGAAUGUCUAGUUUGAUGAAGCAGACAUGCUUUCUGUCCCAGUCAAGUAAAGGUUUUAUUUAUUUUCUCGAUCCCUGAAAAGUGCAUUGUAUGUAAAUCCUCUUGUCAUUUUUGUAUAAUAAGGUUUUUGUAUAUAACUAUUUAUAUAUUUGAUGUCAGUAUACUAAAGUUGAGUUCAGUUGGACAAAAAAAAUGUAUACUAUUGUAUAGUGGUUGCUCAAUUGAAAUUUUCAAGUAUUUGUGUGGACUACAUUCGGUUCUUGUGUUGAGUGAGCAUGUAGAACAGAGUUCUGCUGCUGUCAUGUUGAGAGAACUAAGAGUGAGGUAACAAAGUGGGGAACUGUGGUUGAGUUCGUUGCUCUGUCUCUGUGAACAGUGUUGGUGUUGGGAGCCUUGUGUGACAUGAGAAUGUUUCAGUGAACUCAUGCAAGUGGGUUGAAAUCUUUUGAAAUGACUGAUUUGGACUUAAAAGGAGAAGGCAUUAUAUGACUUGGUACGGCUUUAUGUCUUCCCACAUGUGUUCCUUUUUCAGCAAUCUCUUCUAAACAAACUAGCUCUGAACUCUGGCUUUUGGCUUUGUGGGCCUCUAAUGUAGUUAUAUACCAGGCACAGCAUCUCACAAACUUUCUAUUUUUUAUGUACCAAAAUACAUGUAUCAGAUUGUUCCUGUCAAUGUGAACAACUACCAGUAAUGAAUGUAUGAGGUGUAUUAUGAACACAUUUGUUCUCAAAGAAGGUCCUAAUUCAAAUCCUCCUGCCUAGACCAGAGUGCUACUUCCAGAUUGCUUCCUGUUUUGGCUUACUUUUGUUGUGUUUGUUAACAAAAAGAUUUUAACUAUCAAUUCAGUCCACUCUUCAGCCCUCCUGACUUUUCCCCCACUAUUAACAUAAUGUAACAUAUAUCAUCAACAUUCAGUGCAAUUAGUGAACCUCACUAUCCAUGGUAAUGGGAAGUCUCUCAAUAUGAAACCAGCUAUUUUUACUUCCUAUAUCUUGGAAGUAAUUGAAAUAUUAUGCUGUACAGUAUGUUUAACCAUUUCGCCUUCCCAGGUACAAUAUACAGUUUGUUUCCAUGCUGUGUACAUGUGCUAAAAAUCUCUUAAUAAACUCAAAAUGAGAAA